AUGGAUUACGCCGCUUCGGCAGCAUCUGCAGCUGCUACAUCAAGCGGCAUCGGUGGCAUUAGGCGGGUAGCGUGCUUAGACGGUGGCUUGCUGAACAGCUCCCUACAAGACGGCUAUGGACCCUCCGCUGCCAAUGUUCGUGGGGCCCCCCCAUCCAGUGGAGUGGCCCUGCACCCUCUUGAGUUACAACAGAAGAAGUACCUCCAUGAGCUUGAGCGGCAGCAAUUGGAGCGUGUAACAGCGGCUUUUGGCGCACAUGCGGCUCUCCGUCUUAAAACAGAGCGCGAGAUGUGCGCAACGACACAGCGCUUGCCUGGCCUUUCCUCUUCCCUCUGGGGCCUUCAGACCGUAAUGGCUCUGGACGACCAAAUAAUAACCGAGGAUUACCUUGGUAGGGACAAACCAGAGACGGAGGGAGGACCCAUGCUGACUGUGCACGACUCUAUUGAACGCGCCAUGGGAAUUUGA